AAAGUCCUGUUUGAUCAGUUUGACCCUGGGAACACGGGCUACAUCAGCACAGGCAAGUUCCGGAGCCUCCUGGAGAGCCACAGUUCCAAGCUGGACCCACACAAAAGGGAGGUGCUCCUGGCUCUUGCAGACAGCCACGCGGAUGGGCAGAUCUGUUACCAGGAUUUUGUCAACCUGAUGAGCAACAAGAGGUCCAACAGCUUCCGCCAGGCCAUCCUGCAGGGCAACCGCAGGCUGAGCAGCAAGGCCCUGCUGGAGGAGAAGGGGCUGAGCCUCUCGCAGCGACUGAUCCGCCACGUGGCCUAUGAAACCCUGCCCCGGGAGAUUGACCGCAAGUGGUACUACGACAGCUACACCUGCUGCCCCCCGCCCUGGUUCAUGAUCACGGUCACACUGCUGGAGGUUGCCUUUUUCCUCUAUAAUGGGGUGUCGCUGGAUCAAUUUGUGCUGCAGGUAACCCAUCCACGUUACUUGAAGAACUCCCUGGUUUACCACCCUCAGCUCCGAGCACAGGCUUGGCGCUACCUGACGUAUAUCUUCAUGCAUGCAGGGAUAGAACACCUGGGACUCAAUGUGGUGCUGCAGUUGCUGGUGGGGGUGCCCCUGGAGAUGGUGCAUGGAGCCACCCGGAUCGGGCUUGUCUACAUGGCUGGCAUUGUGGCAGGGUCCUUGGCAGUGUCUGUGGCUGACAUGACGGCACCAGUGGUGGGCUCUUCUGGAGGGGUAUAUGCACUCGUCUCUGCCCAUCUGGCCAACAUCGUCAUGAACUGGUCGGGUAUGAAGUGCCAGUUCAAGCUGCUGCGGAUGGCUGUGGCCUUGAUCUGUAUGAGCGUGGAGUUUGGGCGGGCCGUGUGGCUCCGCUUCCACCCAUCAGCUUAUCCUCCGUGCCCUCACCCGAGCUUCGUGGCACACUUGGGUGGCGUGGCCGUGGGCAUCACCCUGGGUGUGGUGGUCUUGAGGAACUAUGAGCAGAGACUGCAGGACCAGUCACUUUGGUGGAUUUUUGUGGCCAUGUACACCAUCUUUGUGCUGUUUGCCAUCUUCUGGAACAUUUUUGCGUACACCCUGCUGGAUUUGAAGCUGCCACCGCCACCCUAAGGGGCUGAAGAACUGAGGUGGGGCAGGGGAGGGAGAAGCAGCACCCAAAGGGACAUCUGUGUUCUUUUUUCUCAUCAGCAGCUCAGUGAGGCUGGGCAGGCGAAGACAAGAGACUGGACUGUGGUAAUAUUUGUGUUCAGAUGUGGACAGACAGUGGAGACUCUUUUUUGAAAGGCACCUGGUGGAGGAGUCAGAUGUGCCUGCCAUCAUUUUUCUGGCUGUUCUGAUGACAUUGGGCCAGGGCGAAGGCCUGUGUGGGGGGACAGUGACACUCCCUGGGGGCUGGGCAUGUUCCAUGGAGUCAGGGGUCCCCUCUCUCUGCCACAGAUUGAGCAGCAGUCUUCUCCCUCAUCUGAGAUGCGAAGGGACGUAAGGAAGGCCUAAGGAUUGUUUUGGCCUGGCAGGCCCCUCUCCAGCCCAGAGGCCAUUGCAGGCCAGGCAGUGUUCCCUGUACAGUUGCUGGGCUGGAACUCUGGGGUGAGAAGAGGGCCUGGUGCUGGAUGUAUUGACUUUGACCUGGGUGAGCCCAGGGUGCCCUCCUGGUGUUGGUGGGCACUGGAGCAUGGCCUCUCCUGCCUGGGCUGGGCAGAGAAUGAGAUGCUGUAGGAUGCAGGCCCACUCUUGCCCUGGGGGUACCCAGUGAGAGGGACCCAAGCAGGGUGAAUAAACUUCAUCCCAAGU